GGCCACCCGCAGCUAUAUUAGUAAGAAAGCGCUGCAGAAGAUGAGGCUGGCACUUAAAGUCCAGAAACUGACAAACCCCAUAGUUAGUAUCCUCGCGGACAAUCGUACCAUGGUUGUAGAGGAUUACGUAGAGGGAGUCCAGGCGUAUUUYCGCCUAGAGAAAGAUGGGAAGGUGGAGAAGGUCCUCCACUCCCUGACUCUCCUCGUAGAGGACAGCCUCCCAUUUGAUAUUGUGCUGGGAAUGGAUUGGGGAGAGGCAGCUGGGGCCACGCUCCAUUUGAAGGAGCACGAGUGUAGGCUCCCUAGUGUUGCAGGCGAGGCUAAGACUGCCCGCCUGUUCCAUGUGUCAGGAGUAGAGAAUUCAUUGGCACAUUGCUGCCUCAGUGCCCCUGCGUUCGCCAGAUUAAUGAAGAAGGAGCACUUAGAGGAACAGGUCUUUGUUGCCUAUGUUAGGCCAGUCACUGAGCCUAAGGAAGAGAAGCCCGUAGACCCUGCUAUUGCCAAAUUGCUGGAAGAGUUUAAGGAUUUGACUGAGCCGCCGACAGGCACGAUGCCGCGGCCCAUCCAGCACCGUAUUGAGAUAAACCCUGGCAGUAGAACUCCUAAGGGUGUUGUGUAUAGGAUGUCCCCGCGGGAGUUAGAGGAGCUACAGAAACAGUUGGACGAGCUCCUUGAAAAGGGUUGGAUUAGGCCCAGUUCGUCUCCUUUUGGAGCCCCUGUUCUCUUUGUCCCCAAGAAAGAGGGAGAGUYGAGGAUGUGUAURGACUAUAGGGGUCUGAAUGCCAUUACWGUGAAGWAUGYUGAGYCACUGCCUAGGAUAGACGAUCUCUUAGAUCGAGUGCAGGGGGCGAGGUAUUUCUCCAAGAUAGAUUUGAAGUCCGGAUAUCAUCAGAUAGAGGUGCAUCCUKWUGAUCAGUAUAAGACAGCCUUCCGGACUAGAUAUGGGCACUACGAGUUCAUAGUGAUGCCCUUUGGACUAACCAAUGCGCCAGCUACGUUCCAACGCCGCAUGAACGAUUUGUUUAGGCCGUGGUUAGACAAAUUUGUUGUAGUUUACUUAGAUGACAUCUUAGUAUUUAGCCGGACCCUCGAAGAGCAUCAGGGUCAUCUCAGGCAGGUCUUGGAGAAGUUGAGGGAAGCUAACUUCAAGAUCAAUGCAAAGAAGUUCGAUUGGGCGAAAACCCAAGUUUUGUACUUAGGCCACGUCUUAGACGGAGACGGUGUUAAGCCAGAGGAUAGCAAGAUCGCAGCGAUUAGAGAUUGGCCCACGCCACGUACGCUGACAGAGUUGCGCUCGUUCCUGGGCUUAGCUAAUUACUACUGGAAGUUCGUAAGGAACUUCUCCACCAUCGCUGCGCCCCUUCGCAGAUUGUUGAGGAAGGAAACUAUCUGGAAGUGGGAUAAGAACUGCACGUCUGCCAUGAAAAAGUUAAAGCAGGCAUUGAUAGAGUAUCUAGUCCUUAAAGUCGCCGACCCGUCCUUGCCCUUUGUCGUCACGGCCGAUGCGAGUCAAUACGGCAUAGGCGCAGUGUUACAGCAAGACGAUGGCAAUGGGUAUAGGCCCGUAGAGUUCAUGUCUGCCAGAAUGCCUUCAGAGAAGGUCGCGACAUCUACCUAUGAGAGGGAACUCUACGCUCUCAGACAAGCCUUAGACCACUGGAAGCACUACUUGCUUGGGAGGCACUUCAAAGUCUAUUCAGAUCAUGAAACGUUACGAUGGUUAAAGACGCAGGCCAAGAUGACACCUAAGCUUACCAGUUGGGCCGUUGAAAUAGAUCAGUACGACUUCGAGCUCAAGCCUGUUAAAGGGAAGUACAACGUAGUCGCGGAUGCUCUGAGUAGGAGGGCAGAUUACUUUGGGGCAAUAGUGCACCACCUCGAUAUAGGGAAGGACCUGCAACCGAAGGUUAGAGAGGCCUAUGCGCAGGACCCUAUCUAUAGUGAGCUCCUUAAGAAGGUCAAGGAGGCCCCAGAGACUGAGCCGAACUAUCGCACUACUGAAGGGUUGCUCUUUGAGAAGACUAAUGUAUUUGACCGCCUGUGCAUUCCGAAUAGUGAAGAGAUUCGUAGUCUGAUUUUGGGCGAAUGCCAUGACACAAAGGGUCAUUUUGGUUGGCAAAAGACCUUAGCCAAUCUGAUGCGCGCGUAUACCUGGCCAGGGAUGAAGAAUGACUGCGUAGAGUAUGUUCGCAGUUGUAAGGUCUACCAGCGUAACAAGAGUUCUACGCGCGCCCCGAUAGGUCUUCUCGGACCCUUUACCCAUUCCGGACCAACCGGGAGACUCAAUGUCCAUCGACUUCAUGGACACUCAGGUCAAGAGCAGGCAUGGCAAGAGCCAAGUCAUGGUCAUAGUUGACCGAUUUAGUAAGUACGCAGUCUUUGUUCCUUUACCGUCAGAGGCACGUACUGAUUUAGUCAUUCAGAGUUUUUUUUACUGUUGGGUGAGUGAGAAUGGAAUCCCGCUAUCAAUAGUUAGCGAUAGAGAUAGUCGCUUCACCAGCCAGAACUGGCAAGAACUCAUGGGAGUAUAUGGGUCCAAGUUGUCGAUGUCGUCUGGCCGUCAUCCAGAGACUAACGGUCAGACAGAGCAAAUGAACAAGAUCCUACAAC